GUUAUAUCCUGGAUAAUAGCACAAAAGAUCUUAAGUUUGUAUUUAGCAACCUCGUGCCCUUUACAACAUAUGACGUGUAUGUUGGUGCUGAGACAAGUGCUGGGGUGGGGCCAAAGACUAACCUUACAGUUUUUACUCCUGCAGAAGUCCCAGGUGCUAUAUCUGAUUUACAUCUAGCAGAAGUGGAAGCCACAUACGUAAAAAUUGUUUGGAGGAAGCCACAACAACCAAAUGGUAUCAUUAUCCAGUACAGAGUUAAAGUAUAUGUGGAGGAAACAGAGGUGACUCUAGAGAACACUAUCCUCAAAGGAGAAGUGAAGUAUGCAAUUGAUUCUUUGGAACCAUAUAUGUUAAGUGAAAACAUCAAGCUUUCUCCAACCUGGAAUUCAAUGGAAGCAGCCAAUGAAUUAUAUGAAGGCUCAGCUGAAAUAUUUUCCAGUACUCAAACAGCUUCCCCAGUUAUAUUUACAAGUGUCUCUGGCGAUAAUUUGCCUGCAGUAAAUGGAGCUGCUCUGGAUAAUCAGUAUACCAUUAAUAUUUUGGCUGAAGAACUGUCAUAUGUUAUAAAAGGCCUUGCGCCUUUCACAGACUACACAAUCAGUGUAUCUGCUUUCACUUCUGUUGGAGAAGGGCCAUCAUCUACUCUCACAGUCAAGACUCGUGAACAAGUUCCAAGCUCAGUACAAAAUAUAUGUUAUAAGAAUAUUAGCUCCUCCUCUGUUUUGCUGUAUUGGGAUCCUCCAGCAAAUCCCAAUGGGAAAAUCAUUCAUUAUACUGUAUACGCAAUGGAACUGGAUACCAAAAGAGCAUUCCAUACAACAGCUUCAAACAACAGCUUACUUAUGACAGGUCUAAAAAAAUACACAAAUUAUAAAAUGAGAGUUGCAGCCUCAACCGCAGUUGGAGAAAGUGCUUUGUCUGAAGAGAAUGAUAUUUUUGUGAGAACCCCAGAAGAUGAACCAGACUCUCCACCCCAAAACGUGGAGUUAGUAGAUGUAACUGCAACAAAAAUAAACCUGAGAUGGUUACCACCUGAGCGGCCUAAUGGUCUCAUAACUCACUAUGAAGUUCUCUACAGUGAUUCCAAUGACUUGUUUAUUAAAAAUGCCUCAAACACAAGUAUAUCACUAAGUGAAAUGAAGCCAUAUACUCUCUACAACAUCUCUGUAAGGGCAUUCACCAGACUUGGCCAUGGGAAUCAGUCAUCUUUCCCACUUUUGGUGAGAACAUCUGAAACGGUUCCUGAUUCUGCACCUGAAAAUAUUACCUAUAGGAACAUUUCAUCCACAGAAAUUGAGUUAUCAUUUUUUCCACCAUCUCUUCCCAAUGGAAUCAUACAGAACUACACAAUAUAUCUGAAGGGAACUAAUGGAACUGAGCAAAGAGUCAUAAACACCACUCUUCUGAUGCUACAUAUUGCAGAUUUAAAGAAAUACACAGAAUAUACAGUGGAGGUGUCUGCUAGUACUGCAAUGGGGGAGGGCCUUCGUAGUGCACCCGUGCAUAUACUCACUGCUGAAGAUGCUCCUAGUUCUCCUCCUGAAUCCCUCUCAGUAAAACAGUUGUCGGGUGUCAUUGUGCAGUUGUCAUGGAAGCCUCCACUGGAGCCAAAUGGAAUUAUCCUCUAUUACACAGUUUACGUCUGGAGUAAAACAUCAAAAUGGAGUGUUAAUGUAACAGAAACAUCACUACAGUUCACAGACCUGGAAAAUAAUUAUGAGUAUGGUGCUUAUGUAACAGCAAGUACAAGAUUUGGAGACGGAAACAUAAGAAGUGAUGCUAUAACAUUCAGAACGCCUGAAGGAGCACCAAGUGAUCCGCCAAAAGAUGUUGUGUAUAGAAACCUUACCUCCACAUCAAUAAUCUUAUUCUGGUCUCCUCCUCAAAAGCCUAAUGGAAUUAUACAGUAUUAUUCAGUUUAUUUCAAAAAUAAUUCAGGAAUUUUCAUACAGAAUUUCACAAAUUACGGUAACGACAGUGGUGGGGUCAGUAUGUCUCCGUCUGCAGUCCUGGAUGACCUGGCAAAAUACAGCUAUUAUACUCUAUGGUUAACUGCAAGCACAGCUGUUGGAGAUGGAAACAAAACCAGUGAAAUAAUAGAUGUGUAUACAGAUCAGGAUAUCCCAGAUGGUUCUGUUGAAAAUCUGGUCUAUCAAAACAUUUCCUCAUCUUCUGUAAAUGUAAGCUGGCUUCCACCAUCUCAGCCAAAUGGUUUAGUCUUCUUUCAUGUUUCUCUAAGUUUAUUGCAUCUGGAAACCAAAGAGAUACUGUCUUUCCUUACCUACAACACAAGCAUUAUUUUUGACAACCUGGAGAAAUACACUGAUUACAUUCUGAAAAUUACACCAGCUACUGAAAAAGGAUCUUCUGAACUAUAUGCUCUAAGUCUUCACAUCAAAACUGAUGAAGAUGUCCCAGAAUCAACACCUAUAAUCAAAACGUAUUCAAAUCUCUCAACUACCUCAGUUAUGCUUUCAUGGGACCCUCCUGUUAAACCAAGUGGUAUCAUAAUAAGUUAUGAUUUACAUUUAUUUGGCCCAGAAAGGAAUAAUUCAUUCUCUACCUCCAAUAAUUUUGUGAUCUUGGAAGAUCUUGCACCUUCCACACUGUACAGCAUUUACGUAGCUGCAAGGACUACAAAAGGACCUGGGCCAUCUGCCACGCUUCUGUUCUACACAGAUGAGUCAGUGCCAUUAGCUCCGCCUCAGAAUCUGACCAUUAUGAACUAUACUGCAGAUUCUGUAUGGCUAAAAUGGGAUCCAAGUCCUCAGCCGAAUGGUAUCAUUAUGAGCUACAAUUUAAAGAUUUAUCAAAACAACAGUGAAAAAAUAUUUUAUCAGAAUGUUUCAGGUUUGAACAAUGAGGUCAACCUUGUUGGAUUAGAACCAUUCAGCACCUACGUUAUCAGUGUGUCUGCAUAUACCAAACUUGGCAACGGCAAUCAGUUCAGUAAUGCUGUCCAAUUUACAACAAAGGAAUCAGUACCAGAUGUUGUUCAGAAUGUUCAUUGUAUUGCAACGAGCUGGCAGUCAAUCCUAGUGCAGUGGGACCCUCCUGCCUCAUCAAAUGGUGUGAUUACUCACUACGUCGUAACAGUUGAAGGAAAUUCUAUGAACUUUUCUUCUUAUGAUAACCUGCAUACUUUUAGAAAUCUACUUUCCAAUAUUUCUUACCAAAUUAAAAUAAAAGCUGCAACAUCAGCUGGUGAUGGUGAAGAACAAAUAUGCAAUGCCAGCACAUUUCCAGAAAGAGUUCCCAGUGCUCCCCAGGACAUUGGUUUUUCCAAUGUGCAGUCAACAAGUGUGACCUUGAAUUGGAGAACUCCAAAAUCUAUCCUCGGCUACUUUCAAAACUACAAGAUUACCACACAGCUACAGUCUGUACGUUGCAGUGACUGGGAAGUGGAGGAAUGUAUUGAAUAUGAGAUGCAUCACUAUUUGUAUGAAAAUGUUUUGGAUGGCCAGAUAGAAGGGACAGUUCAUGGACUAAAAAAGUACAGAUGGUACAGAUUUGCUGUGGCUGCCAGUACAAAUGUUGGUUAUGGCAAUUCUUCGCCUUGGAUUUCUACACAAACACUUCCUGGCUCUCCAGAUGGUCCUCCAGAAAAUGUGACUGUAUUAGCUACAUCUCCUCACAGUAUUAAUAUCAGCUGGAGUGAGCCUGUCAUCAUUACUGGACCAACAUGCUACCUCAUAGACGUAACCUCAGUAGAUAACAACAGUUAUAAAGCUCAGUUUCUGAAGACAAACGAUGAGAAUAAAGUCUUAGAAAUUUCAGAUUUAAAAGCAUUUACAAGAUAUUCUGUAAUCAUCACUGUCUUUACGGGAGAUGUUAAUGCUGCACCCAUUGAAGGCAAGGCUAGUUCUCCAGUAAUUGUCUCCACUUUUGAAGCAGUGCCAGAAGACCCUCCUAACAACAUAACAUUUCAGAAGAUUCCAGAUGAAGUAACAAAAUUCCAAGUAACAUUUGUGCCGCCAUCAGAACCAAAUGGGAAUAUUCAAGUAUAUCAAGCUAUGGUCUACAACGAAGACAACCCCGCUGCCAUCCAGAUUCACAAUCUUAGUGUCAUUGAUAAAACAGAUCAGUCGGUCACUGCUGUGAUAGAAGGGCUGAAAGGAGGAAAUACAUAUAAUGUCAGCGUGUAUGCAUACAAUGGUGCUGGUGCAGGGCCAAAAAUUCAAUUGAAAAUAACCAUGGACAUCAAAGAACCACCGCGGCCUAGUAAGAAACCAGCACCAGUUUAUGAUACCAAUGGGGCCUUACUUGUCACAGCUACAACGAUUACUAUCAGAAUGCCAAUAUGUUAUUAUAGUGAUGAUCAUGGUCCUAUCAAGAAGAUACAAGUUCUUGUUGCGGAAGCUGGAGCUCAGCAUGAUGGAAAUGUUACUAAGUGGUAUGAUGCCUACUUCAACAGACCAAGACCAUAUUUUACAAAUGAAGGUUUUCCGAACCCACCCUGUGUAGAAGGAAAGGAAGUUCUGAGUGGUAAAGAAGAGAUAUAUGUCAUAGGUGCUGAUACUACGUGUAUGAUACCAGGCAGUCAAGACAAAAUAUGCAAUGGCCCACUGAAACCAAGAAAACAGUACCUAUUUAAGUUCAGAGCAACCAAUGUUAAAGGGCAGUUUACAGAUUCUGAUUAUUCUGACCCUGUUAAAACCUUAGGUGAAGGACUGUCAGAAAGGGCUGUGGAAGUUAUACUUGCAGUCACUUUGUGUAUAUUAUCAAUUGUUCUCCUGGUGGCUGCAGUCUAUGCUUUUGCACGGAUUCGGCAAAAGCAAAAAGAAGGGGGUACCUACUCCCCAAGAGAUGCUGAAAUUAUUGACACUAAGUUCAAACUGGAUCAGUUGAUCACAGUGGCAGACCUGGAGCUGAAGGAUGAGAGAUUUACACGAUACUCUUCAUUUUUCUUUAGACGCAAGGAGAUAUUUGUCAUCCAGUUACUUAGUUAUAGAAAAUCUAUCAAGCCAAUAAGCAAGAAAUCCUUCCUACAGCAUGUUGAAGAGCUUUGCACAAACAACAACCUAAAGUUUCAGGAAGAAUUUUCGGAGCUUCCCAAGUUUCUUGAAGACCUUGCUUCAACUGAUGCUGAUCUGCCUUGGAACAGAUCUAAGAAUCGUUUCCCAAACAUAAAGCCAUAUAACAACAACAGAGUAAAGCUGAUGCCCGAUGCUGGUAUUCCUGGAUCUGACUACAUUAAUGCCAGCUAUGUAUCUGGCUAUUUAUGUCCAAAUGAGUUUAUCGCAACUCAGGGACCAUUACCAGGAACAGUGGGUGAUUUCUGGAGAAUGGUAUGGGAGACGAGAGCUAAAACACUAGUGAUGCUUACGCAGUGCUUUGAAAAAGGACGGAUAAGAUGUCAUCAGUAUUGGCCAGAGGAUAAUAAACCAGUGACUGUAUUUGGGGAUAUAGUGAUUACUAAAUUGAUGGAAGAUACCCAAAUGGACUGGACCAUCAGAGACCUGAAAAUUGAAAGGCUCGGGGACUGCAUGAUGGUGCGGCAGUGCAAUUUUACUUCCUGGCCGGAACAUGGGGUCCCUGAAACUACUGCACCAAUUAUCCAUUUUGUAAAACUUAUCCGUGCCAGCCGAGCACAUGAUACCACACCGAUGGUGGUUCACUGCAGUGCUGGUGUUGGAAGAACAGGAGUUUAUAUUGCACUUGACCAUUUAACCCAACAUAUAAAUGAUCAUGAUUUUGUGGAUAUCUAUGGACUUGUAGCUGAGUUACGAUCUGAAAGAAUGUGUAUGGUACAGAAUCUGGCACAGUAUAUAUUUUUGCAUCAGUGUGUACUGGAUCUGUUGACAAGCAAGGGAAGCAGUCAGCCCAUAUGUUUUGUAAACUACUCAGCACUGCAAAAGAUGGACUCUCUGGAUGCCAUGGAAGGUGACGUGGAGCUUGAAUGGGAAGAAACUACCAUGUAAAUAUUAAAACUAAAUAUUAAAA